CAUCUUAGUAGCAGGCUAUAUGUUGUGUAUAAAAAGUUAAACUUCAUAUUAAGUUAAAGGAAUGUUGUUGAAUGUAUUGAAACCAAAUUAUAUAUAUGUUGAAUUUAUUCAAAGAGAUGUAUACUUAUUAAUGUAAUACGUAAAACAAAAAUAGCAGCGUGUUGGUGUGAUUAUGAAAAUAAACAAAGGGAAACUGGUUAUGAUAUUGCAGUUGCAUUAUAUAAUUUUUAACACGUUCUGAGAAGUAUUGAAACAAGCUAAUUAUUUUUUGUUUCAACUAGAAGAGUUGUAUACAAUAGUUUGAAAUAUUGUGUUCGGCUUGGAUAUACAAACGACUUAAACGUCGUAUAAAAUAAAUAAAUGCUUGGUGGCGAUAGGUAUUUUGGUGUAGACAAAACACAUGUUUGCAUUUACUUGAGAAAAACCGUGUGAACAAUUGAGCUUGGUGGCGUUAUUUGUUUUAAAAAAAGUACAUUACUAAACAUAUAAUCAAAACGCCGUAUUGGAAAAUUACCAAAUAUAUAUAUUGUAUUGAUUGAAUUAUUUCGUGAAGACGAGUCAACAAACUUGGAUGGCUUAUAUCCAAAUCACCAUGGAAACGACACUGUUACUCUUUCUGGUACUGGUGUUGACCGCACAAGGACAGACGAACGUGAACGUGCCUGCGGAAAAGUGCGUGUUCCAGUACGACAUGAGUAACCGCGUUAAGAUAACGUGCGGACACGGGGCGGUGCUACACAUCGUCGACCAGCACGGUACCACCCUGCUCACGGGUGAGACGAGCAACGUCGAGGACACGCCCGUCGUUUUUCAGCUAAACAGGUCCAGUAUUGCUUCUCUAAACGACGAGGCCAAAAGAGCAUCGAAGAAGCUUAUAGAAGCCAACAAGCUUCUCAAGAAAGUAAGGGAGGACCUUUCCGUCCAGAUCACUAAUCUCAUCAACCUUACCAGCCUCCUUCAGAAAGGGGACGAGGAGCUGAAAAACGACUUCAACACCAUCAGACGUCACGAGCUGACGUCACCGCUCGUGCGCGAGGCAAUUAUUGCAGCGCUUCAAAACCAGUACAACUUUCUUCGAAUGGGCCUGUUGUCCCAGAACACCUACCUGAACGAGCUGAUUCGUACUACUUCCCGUCUGACCACAGCUAUCAUGAAGACUACAAGAGGCGCCAAAGGGGUGGGCGAGAUACUGGACCUCCGCGCGGACGCCAUGAACCAGACGUUGUACAACAUCACUAAACUCAUGCCGGGCGGAUUCGGACAUGGUGCGUUCUUUGGAGAAAAUACAGUGUUUUGCCCACAAGAACUUAAGAAGAUCAGCGAUAAAGGCACGAGCGUGGUGUGCGGAGUGGAGCAAGGGCAGAUCAUGGUGGACCCGUAUACGCCUGAUAAAAUCUGGGUCAUGUAUGACUAUGUGAACAUCAAUGAAAUCUCUGAGUAUAACUCUCUGAAAAGUCUAAAGUUUGAACUUGUGGACAAGACGUACAAGCUGCCCUUUUCGUGUGUCGGUACAGGCCAUGUGGUGUUUCGACAGAAACUGUACUGUCAGAAGAUGUUCACAAACAAGAUCGUCAUGUACAGUCUGAAGGACACCCGUUUGUUGAUGGAUAAACAGCUAGAUCACGUGGGAGUCCAGGACACAUAUCCGUACCAAUGUGGGAAAAACACCGAUCUGGAUUUUGCCAUCGACGAGACUGGCCUGUGGCUCAUCUAUGCAACGAACUCCUCCAAAGGCCACAUUGUUAUCAGCAAACUGAACGAAGAUGACAUGUCUUUUGAAAAGACAUGGGUGACCGAUAUUAGGAAGAGAGACGUAGGGAACGCUUUUAUAAUUUGUGGCGUAUUGUACGUAACGGCUUCCUAUGACAAAGUGCCGACGUAUGUGAAAUAUGUGUUUGAUACGAACAACGUCAAAGGAAAUGUGCUUGAGAGCACUGUUCUUCCGUUCCGUAAUGCGGUCAGUGGCGAUUAUGCACGCGUGUAUGCCUUGGACUACAGCCCGUCGGACAAGGCGCUCUACUCAUGGAAUAAUGGCCGCGUGGAAGUAUUCCCUGUUUCGUUUAUCGAUGCAAACGAUCCUUAAGUAGGAGAAAAGAUAGUGUUGCAUUGUUUUGCAGCCAUUGUAUUUAUUUGUAUAAAAUAGAAACAAAUGUUCUAGAAUACAGUUUCAAGGUAACAAUAUUUAUUCAAAUCAUUAUACAAUUUAGUGUUAAACUUUCAAAAUGUGUCAUAAUGAAGUAAACAUUCUGCACGUAAGUACCCUCCCCCCCUAUAUUAAUACUAUUUUUAAGAAAAGUUAAAGAUAAAAGCUUUUAAAAAAUAUAAAUGCAUUUUUAAUCUAAAAAACUCGAUACGUAUCACAUGUAAGUUGUUCGGGUUUUAACAAUUGAUUCCUGCUUCUUAUAGUUGAGCGUAACCGCAUUCGGGCAUGUUUUCCACUGAAGUCUCCAUUAUUACAGGAAAACUUUUUUGUUAAAUUAAAUUGUAAUAUGUUCUCUCGAAUACGUAGACUUGUUUCGUUUAUUAUUUUCUAUUUCUAUAACGUAUGCACAUAAUGGAACGGUGUAAAUAAUGUUUUCAUUUAUAUUGAAGAGUGCAUGUUCAUUUUGCUAAAAUAAUGAAUCAAUAAGUAUUGAGCCUUUUUGCAAAAAAAUCGUUGUUUUCACCUUACGUAUGCAAAGGAGUAAAUACUUUAUUUUAAAGUAUAAAUGUAAGUGUUUCUGUCUUCUAUUUUCUUAGCGUGUGUGCGUGUGAGUUACUAAGCGUGCGUGCGUGGUGUGUGCUUGCGUGUUUUGUAUGUGUGUUUUAAAUAUAGCUGAUUUUUUAAAUUUAUGUAGAUCAAGUCAUAUAUUCUUGUUGUCAUAAACAAUUUUAUACCAUUACAGUGGUAGAAGUUGUAA